ACUCGGGCCAUGCUUGUCAGAUGCAAUUCUGAGUUUGGGCUGUUACAAAAAAAAAUCUGAUCAGGACCAAUUGCUGGACCAAUCAACAUAAAUUGCCACAAAACGCUAGAAGAUGGCGGCUGUGCAGGGUUUCACGGAGAUGGCGCACCAAGUGGGCGGCCACGCCACAUCCAAGACGAGUAAUGACAUCUGCAUUAUUUUUCUUUAGUUACUACUGGAUGCUGGUCUUAGACGUGCAACUAUCGCCGUGUUUGGCAGGUCUGAAGGCCCACAACGGACGUAUCUUAAAGCCUUUCCAGAGCAAACAGAGGGGAGAGCGAGAGUGCGAAUUCUACGAGCGCGUGUUCGCGACUGAGAAGGAUUUGCUCGAGUUCGCAGCGCUGAGGAAGUUUCUGCCAAUGUAUCACGGCACAGUUAUAGUCCCAGAAGUGGAGGACGGCCAGGAGGUCAAUGGUGUGCACCCAGGACAGUACUUGGUACUGGAGGACCUGACGUGGGGGAGGAAAUGGCCCUGCAUCAUGGAUGUCAAGAUGGGAACCAGAUCUUAUGAAGACAAUGCGACGGCUGAAAAGAUCGCGUACGAGAAGUCCAAGUUCCCAUUGCAAGAGACUCUGGGGUUCCGUAUCCAGGGUACAAAAGUGUACAACCCCAAGAAACAGGAUUACGAUGAGUUCGACAAGUACUUUGGUCGUGGUAUCACCUCCGUGGAUCAGCUGGCUCCAGCAUUCCGUAGCUAUUUUCCAGAGGAUACAUCCAAGACCAUAAAGUUGUUGGAGACGGUGGGUUUAGUGAAUAGUCAGCUUCCUGAAAUUCUGACGCUCUUUUUUUUUUUUAUUAUUUGUUACUCUCUAUUCAGUUCUUGCGUCGCCUAGGCCAACUGAAAGCGUGGUUUGACGAGCAGCGAGGGACGGAGUUUAUCGCCAGCUCUUUCCUCUUCCUGUACGACGGCGAAGAUUCACCCAACGACGACAAAACCGUGGCAGAGGACUUUGGAGCUGACAUCCGCCUCAUUGACUUCGCCCACGUCACUAAACCAACUUCCCCUAAGCGGGAUGAAGGGCUGCGAACCGGCAUUGCCACUUUGAUCAAUUGUUUCCAAACACUUCUCCGAGAAGCCCAAACCCAGCAAGAUCGCUAAACAAAUCGCGUGGAUACAGCCGACCAAGUCUCGUGAGUCAUAGAAAAGUGCUCUCGGGUCUUCGAUCUUCGACGUCUUCUAACAGCACGAAUAUCUUUGUCUAAACCCCACCAUGUGCUUCUUGUAUCCGAUGGUUUCACUUCAGCCUGAGCCUUGCGGCAUGGUCUAGUUGAAGCUGUAAAGUCGAUGGAAAAAAACCGUUUCGGAAAAAAAAAGUAUAAUAUAGAAUUGUGCACCAAGCUGUCCUAUAACGGCGUCCAU